AUGCAGUCUCGCCUUCUCCGAGUGGCUGCCUUGUCUGCCAUCGCCCGCCAUGCCGCAGCAGCUGGCUUCAGAACAGUGGGAUCAUCUGGUUGCACCGCCCAGAUGCUCUUUAUCCCUCCCUACACCGACACAGCUGUCUUCCUUGACAACUACCACCCCAACUUCGGCGGCCCAGGCACCAACCUCACCACGGGCGCCCACUCGCCCGACGCCUACGUCUACGACGGCACCGACAUGGCCGUCUUCGCCACCGAGUACGACCUGAACACCAACACGCUCCGCAAGCUGCACCCGAAAAGCAACACCUUCUGCUCGGCCGGCGCCUUCUUCCCUGACGGCACCAUGGUCAACUUCGCGGGCGCCGAGCCCGACGCAAAGGCCGGCGUGGGCGACGGCUUCGACGCCAUCCGCACCUACGCCCCCGGCCCCUGCGCCGCCGAUGGUAAAGGUUGCGCGAUGGACUUCGUCGAGGGCAAGGGCGGAGCGCACCUGCAGUCCCGCCGCUGGUACCCGACGGCCGAGACGCUGCCGAACGGCGACGUGCUGGUCGUCGGCGGGUCGGACAAGGGACUGCUGGUGCUGAACGAGGCGGCCAUCAACGUGCCGACGUACGAGCUGAUCAAGGCCGACGGCUCGGCCGCGCCGCCGCCCGUCACGCUGCCGAUCCUCGAGUUCACGGAUGCGGAGAACAACAUGCCGAAUAAGUCGUACAACUUGUACCCCAUCCUCCACCAACUCCCCAACCCCCGCGCCGCCAGCGAAGUCUUCACCCUCGCCGGCACCCGCGCCGCCAUCUGGGACUACCACGCCAACAAACUGAUCAAAACCCUCCCGGACGCACCGCUCGAACCCCGCACCUUCCCUUCCUCCGCCACCUCCGUGCUCCUCCCGCUCGAAGCACCCACCUUCGACCCCACCGUCCUCCUCUGCGGCGGGUCCAGCGGCGACAUACCCGACCCCCAGGCGCUGGACGACUGCUACACUUUGGCCCCCCACGCGGACAACCCCGUCUGGACGCCGACGGACCGCCUGCCCAACGGCCCGCAGACGAUGAGCGAUGGAAUCCUCCUACCGGAUGGUACCGUGCUGUUCAUCAACGGCGCGCACCGCGGGUCCGCGGGCGGCUUCAUGGCGGACGACCCUGUGCUCGCGCCGGUGAUAUACGACCCCAAGGCCGAGGCGGGCAGCCGGUUUACGAGCAUGCCGCCGACGACGAUUCCGCGGAUGUAUCAUAGCGUCGCGAGCUUGCUGCCGUCGGGCGAGGUGAUUGUGGCCGGCAGCAACCCGGCCGUGUUUUACACCAACGACGGCGGCGUGCCGUGGGGGUGGCCGAAGUUCGGGAAUAAUGGCCACCAAGGGUUUUUGAACCAGCAGCAGCGGAAGGGGAGUAAGUUUCCGACGGAGUACCGUGUGGAGGUUUUCAGUCCGCCGUAUAUGGAUGCCGAGGUGCGGCCGGCGAUCGUGGGGGCGCCGGAGGAGAUUGUGUAUGGGAAGGGGUUUAAUGUGAAGAGUAGUGUGGGUGGGGAGAAGCUGGAGGUUGUGUUGGUUAGUCCCGGAUUCCAUACGCAUGCGGUGGCGAUGGGGCAGCGGAUGAUUAAGUUGGCGGUCGUGAAGGAGGAGGGGAUGAAGGUCGGCGAGAGGACGGCGACGGCGCCGCCCGGGCCGAGUACCGCGCAGCCGGGCGUGUAUUUGUUGUUUGUGGUUGUGAAUGGGAUUCCGUCGGAGGGGAAGUGGGUGAAGUUGUCGUAUUGA